AUGGCAAAAAUUUCUGGAAACAAUAGCUCUAACGAGAACUUUGUGAAGAUGUUUGGCAGCUCAACUUCAGUUUUCUCGUCUAGUCUUCAAGUUGUCAGUCCGAAGCUAACAAGAGAUAAUUACAGAGAUAAUUAUCGCUUCUGGAGAUCGCAAAUCUUAUCAGCUGUCGGAGCUCAUGAUCUUGAAGAACGCUNUAUAUUUGAACCUUUGAUUCGUUUGAGACAUUUUUACAUGGCUUCUUCAUCAUCUUCUUCCUCCAUUAUCCUUCAAUCGAAAUAUGAAGUGUUCCUGAGUUUUAGAGGAGAGGAUACUCGUGAUACCUUUACUAGUUAUCUCUUUGCUGCAUUGUGUCAAAAACAAAUUCAAACCUUCAUUGAUGAUGAUGGACUUAAGAAAGGAGAUGAUAUUUCCCCUGCACUCAUGAAAGCAAUUAAAGAAUCAAAGAUUGCACCAUCAGAUGUACGGAAUCAAACUGGAAGCUUUGAGGAUGCUUUUCAAGGGCACGAACAAAAUCUGAAGGUUAUGCCAGCAAAGGUGCAAAGAUGGAGAGCUGCUUUGACUGAAGCAUCAAAUCUAUGUGGAAUGGAUUCAAUGGUGAUAAAGCCAGAGUCUAAACUUGUAGCCGAAAUUAUCAAAAAAAAUUUGAAGCAAUUGAAUGAUGUAUCACCCUCAAAUGUUUGUGAAGGCCUAGUCGGAAUAGAUGCACGCAUUGAUGAUAUGAAAUCAUUAUUACAUAUUGAGUUGUCAGAUUUUAAAAUAAUAGGAAUAUGGGGUAUGGGUGGAAUUAGCAAAACAACUAUUGCCGGAGUAUUUUUUAACCAAAUUUGUAGUCAAUUUGAAGGUUGUUGUUUCAUUGCAAAUGUUAGGGAAGAAUCAAAAAGACGUGGAUUGGUUAAUGUGCGAAAUCAAGCUCUUUCUCAAAUUUUAGAAGAAAAACUGAAAACAGGUUCUCCCAUUAUACCUGCAUCUAUUAAGAAAAGGCUCCAACACAAAAAGGUUUUAAUUGUUAUUGAUGAUGUGAACGAAAUAGGACAACUAGAAUUUUUAAUUGGAGGGCUUCCUCAAUUUGGUCCAGGAAGUAGGAUCAUUAUAACUACAAGAGAUAAACAAUUGCUUUGUAGUUAUAGAGUGAAUCACAUAUAUGAAGUCAAGAGAUUAAAAGACAAUGAAGCUCUUCUACUCUUUUGCAAUCAUGCCUUUAAAACCAACCAUCCAGAUUUGGACUUUAAGGUGUUGUCAAGGACGAUAACUGAUUAUGCCAAUGGCAAUCCAUUAGCACUUAAAGUAUUAGGUUCCUCCCUAUAUCAAAAGAGUAAACAAGAAUGGGAAGGUGCAUUCUGUGAAUUAAGGAAAAUUUCCAAUCCCAUUGUUUAUAAUGUGUUGAGAGUUAGCUACGAUGGAUUGAAUGUAGAGCAAAAAAACAUAUUUCUAAAUAUCAAUCAUGUAACAGAAAAUAGUUGUUACAUCUCUUCGCAAUUUGAACUUGGAGUUCUACUUGAUAAGUCAUUGAUCUUUACAACACAAUCUAAUAGGAUACAAAUAUCCUAUUUACUCCAAGAGAUGGGUUGGGAAAUUGUUCGUCAAGAAUCAUUAACCGUGCCAGGGAAACGUAGCCAAUUGUGGGAUCAUAAAGAUGUAUUUCAUGUAUUGAAGACGAACACUGGGACUGACGCAGUUGAAGGGUUGUUAGAUAUAUCCAAAAUCCCAGACCUGCAUUUGAGUUCCAAAGCCUUCACAAAUAUGUCGAAGCUUAAAUUUUUAAAGUUCUAUGUACCUGGUCGGCAUUUUGGAGAAUUGCCAUCGAAUUUUAAUCCGAAGAACCUAAUUCGACUAUCCUUGCCGUAUAGUAAUAUUGAUGGACAGUUCUGGGUGGAUACAAAGCACGGUUUUGGUUUCAAAUUGUACAGCAUUUCUUCACCUACCAAUUAUCUGGUCAACCUUCAUAACUUGUAUCUGAGAGGCUACUUUCCCGAAGAUCUGUGCAAAUUAUCCUCUCUGAAAUGUUUAGAUCUCCGUGGAAACAAUUUUGAGCAUCUUCCCUCAAGUAUCAAGCAGCUAUGUCAGCUGAAAAGUCUUUACCUACAGAACUGCGAUAUGCUUCAAUCAAUACCAGAGCUUCCGCUGGCACUAGUAUAUUUAGAUGCUAGAUCUUGCUGUCGACUCCAAUCAUUACCAAAGCCUCCAUCAAAUAUAGAGGUAUUGGAUGAAGCGGAACUAGAAAUAGUAUCUGAAUAUUGUCUGCAACUGCAAAAUACGGUAGAUAAGUUUAUAAGAUUGAGUUUUAUGAGCUGCCUGAAGCUGAAUCGGAAUGCAGACAUUUUGGGAAAUUCAGACGAGAGAAUUGAACAAAUGGCGAUUUUAGCACUAAGACUCUGUUACGAAAAGGUAUUUGAUAGAAUACCUGGAGUCUUGUUAUGUUUACCUGGGAGCGAAAUUCCUAAGAGGUUUAGGCAUCAAAGCUCAGGUUCAAUUAUAAUUAUUGAGCUACCUCAGCAUUGGGAUUAUUACAAUAGAAGGUUCAUGGGAUUCGCUUUCGCUGCUAUUUCUGUAGUUGGGGAGAAUGAUGACGAAAUCUCAAACGCGCUUGAUAUCUCAUGUAAUUACCGUUUUAAAGAUAAUUACGGUAACAAAGUUCGCUUUGGUUGGCAUUGCGGUCUCAGCAUAAAUCAUAAGAACUUGAAUAAUCCAGAUCACAUCAUACUGGCAUAUCGUCCUUGUAUGAAUACUAGGCUAGUCGAGGAUGGAUAUACAAAUAUCAGAUUUAACUUCAGGGCAAUGAAAGAUGUACUCGGACAAAGACAAGUUUGCACAGUCAAAAGUUGCGGGGUUCAUCCACUAUUUCUAAAACCCAAUAUGACCCAGCCCAGCACCAGUGGAAGUAGAGGACCAAAUGACGAAACCCCUGCCACUUAA